AUGAUCGACCAGUAUAAACAUCAACAACUUCGAAUUGGACCAGUUUCUCCUCAACAAAUAAAGGCUUGGGCCAACAAAAUCCUACCUAAUGGAGAGAUAGUUGGAGAGGUGACAAAACCCUAUACUUUUCAUUAUAAAACCAAUAAACCAGAAAAAGAUGGAUUGUUUUGCGAAAGAAUCUCUGGACCCAUAAAAAGUGGAAUUUGUGCUUGUGGAAAUUAUCGAGUGAUCAGAGCUGAAAAAGAAGACCCGAAAUUUUGCGAACAAUGCGGGGUAGAAUUUGUUGACUCUCGGAUACGAAGAUAUCAAAUGGGAUACAUCAAACUCGCAUGUCCAGUGACUCAUGUGUGGUAUUUGAAACGUCUUCCUAGUUAUAUCGCGAAUCUUUUAGAUAAACCCCUUAAGCAAUUAGAAGGCCUAGUAUACUGCGAUGUGUAUCUCGAUUUCUCUUUUGCUAGGCCCAUAGCUAAAAAACCUACUUUCUUACGAUUACGAGGUUCAUUCGAAUAUGAAAUCCAAUCCCGGAACUACAGUAUCCCACUUUUUUUUACUACCUCAGGCUUCGAGACAUUUCGAAAUCGAGAAAUCUCUACAGGAGCAGGUGCUAUCAGAGAACAAUUAGCUGAUUCGGAUUUGCGAAUUAUUAUAGAUAAUUCAUUGGCAGAAUGGAAAGAAUUAGGAGACGAAGGGUCUACUGGAAAUGAAUGGGAAGAUAGAAAAAUUAGAAGAAGAAAGGAUUUUUUGGUUAGACGUAUGGAAUUAGCUAAACAUCUUAUUCGAACAAAUGUAGAACCAGAAUGGAUGGUUUUGUGCUUAUUACCAGUUCUUCCUCCCGAAUUGAGACCAAUCAUUCAGAUAGAUGGAGGUAAACUAAUGAGUUCGGAUAUUAAUGAACUCUAUAGAAGAGUUAUCUAUCGGAACAAUACUCUUACUGAUCUAUUAGCAACAAGUAGAUCUACGCCAGGGGAAUUAGUAAUGUGUCAGGAGAAAUUAGUACAAGAAGCCGUGGAUACACUUCUUGAUAAUGGGAUCCGCGGGCAACCAAUGAGGGAUGGUCAUAAUAAAGUUUACAAGUCAUUUUCGGAUGUAAUUGAAGGUAAAGAGGGAAGAUUUCGUGAGACUCUGCUUGGUAAACGGGUCGAUUAUUCGGGGCGUUCCGUCAUUGUUGUGGGUCCUUCGCUUUCAUUACAUCAAUGCGGAUUACCUGGAGAAAUAGCAAUAGAGCUUUUCCAAACAUUUGUAAUUCGUGGUCUAAUCAGGCAACAUGGUGUUUCUAACAUAGGGAUUGCUAAAAGUAAAAUUCGGGAAAAAGAACCGAUUGUAUGGGAAAUACUGCAAGAAGUUAUGCAGGGGCAUCCUGUAUUGUUGAAUAGAGCACCCACCCUGCAUAGAUUAGGCAUACAGGCGUUCCAACCCAUUUUAGUGGAGGGACGUGCUAUUUGUUUACACCCAUUAGUUUGUAAGGGCUUCAAUGCAGACUUUGAUGGGGAUCAAAUGGCUGUUCAUGUACCUUUAUCUUUGGAAGCUCAAGCGGAGGCCCGUUUACUUAUGUUUUCUCAUAUGAAUCUCCUGUCUCCAGCUAUUGGAGAUCCCAUUUCCGUACCAACCCAAGAUAUACUUAUCGGACUCUAUGUAUUAACGAUCGGGAAUCGUCGAGGUAUUUGUGCAAAUAUGUAUAAUCCAUAUAAUUGCAGAAACUAUCAAAAUCAAACAGUUGACAAUAAUAAUUAUAAGUAUACGAAAGAGAAAGAACCGUAUUUUUGUAGUUCCUAUGAUGCACUUGGAGCUUAUCGGCGGAAACGAAUCAGUUUAGAUAGUCCUUUGUGGCUCCGAUGGAGACUAGAUCAACGUGUCAUUGGGUCAAGAGAAGUUCCCAUCGAAGUUCAAUAUGAAUCUUUGGGUACUUAUCAUGAGAUUUAUGGGCACUAUCUAAUAGUAGGAAGUGUAAAAAAAGAAAUCCGUUGUAUAUACAUUCGAACCACUCUUGGUCAUAUUUCUUUUUAUCGAGAAAUAGAAGAAGCCAUACAAGGGUUUUGUCGGGCCUACUCAUACACUAUCUAA